GUGCCUAAGAGAAGGGUUAGUUUUGAAAAAUAAAUAUUUUAGUGUGGAUUUUUAAGAAGGUUUCGAAAAGAAAGUUUGAGACGCGCCAUUCUUGGCCUUUCGCUUGAGGGGGUGGUCGUGGUGAGGGCGGAGAGAUCUUUCUGCCUCACUCCUCCUGCCUCUUUUCUUUUCUUUUCUUUUCUUUUUUUGGCUCUUCUUCAUUAGAAUGCCCAAAAGACUUGAGGCACGAAGAAUAAAUAUAGAGAGUGGACACACAGGGAACAAGCUCACUCACUUUUUCACUUUCGAUCUCUACCGUCCCUAACCAAAGUUCCCCUUUUUCCCUUUAAUGGCUCUUCUUUUUCCCUUUCAUAAAGAGAAAGCCAUCUCAGGGGUCCAUUCCUUUCAUAAAGAAGACAUGUAAAUGAGAGAAUCUCUAUUCUACAGCGACCUCCAAUAAACGAUAAUCCCAAAAUACAAAAAGCUCAUUUGCUGCUGCUGCUGCUGCUGCUUCCUAUCCCUCUCCAUUUCCACUCGUACGCAGAUGGGGUUCUAGGAGUUUUGAUUCUUCUGCCUGUUACUUCGGGGUUUUAGGAAUUUGGUUUGUUUCUUAGUGAUGGACCUGAGAUGGCUUUUGGGGAAAUUGAUUCCCUUUUCUUGUUUGAGGGUUUGUUGGGUUCGUUCUUCAGUUCCAGGCCAGAAAUGGGUUUCUUCUUUCUUCUCAUCUAAGUCUCUUGAUUGCCAUGCUCUCUUGCUCUCGUUCUUGUUGAUUCUUUGCUUCAACCCUUCUCAUUCAGUGGAGCUUGACCCUGAAGAUGAGGCCUCUCUUUUGGCGUUCAAAUCAUCGCUUCAAGACCCUAAUAAGAAUUUGUCAAGCUGGGUGGGUUCUAAUUGUUCAGAUUGGGCUGGAAUUGCUUGUGAAAACAAGACUGGGAGAGUGGUUUCCAUUAAACUCACUGAAAUGAACUUGUCUGGCCAAAUUAACUCUGGGUUUUGUAACCUCUCAUUUCUCGAGCACUUGGUUUUGUCUCAGAACAACUUUUCUUGCUCGAUACCAUCGUGUUUGGGCAAUUUAAUUCGCCUUCGUACUGUUGAUUUGAGUCGUAAUCGGUUUCGAGGUGUUGUGCCUGAGACAUUGAUGAAACUAGAGAACUUGGAGGAGCUUGUUUUGGUUGGAAACCAAGACUUGGGGGGUCCUAUUCCUUCUUGGAUUGGGAACUUCUCAACAAAGCUGCAGAAACUUGAUCUGGGUUUCAACUCUUUUAGUGGAGAACUGCCUGAGAGUUUGUUGAACUCGACCUCUCUAAAGCAUUUGGAUCUUCAAAAUAACUAUUUGAAGGGGAAUGUUUAUGAUUUCCAUCAGCCUUUAGUUUCACUCAAUCUCAUGUCGAAUCGGUUUUCUGGAACUCUACCUUGUUUUUCAGCUUGCACACGGUCUCUCACAGUUCUUAAUUUGGCUAACAAUUCUAUUUUUGGAGGAGUGCCCACGUGUAUUGCGUCACUUCGUGCUUUGGUUCAGUUGAAUCUAUCAUCCAAUCAUUUAACUUACAAGAUGUCGCCUAGACUCCUGUUUGCAGAGCAGCUACUUGUGUUGGACUUGAGUAACAAUGAUCUAUAUGGCCCUCUUCCAAGCAUGAUUGUGGAGACGAUAGAGAAAUCAGGGCUUGUUCUCCUUGACUUGUCUCACAAUCGAUUUUCAGGUGGAAUUCCAUCAAAGAUCACAGAACUGAGAAGUUUGCAGGCAUUGUUCCUUUCACACAAUCUCCUUGUGGGGGAAAUUCCUGCAAGGAUUGGGAAUCUGACUUAUCUCCAAGUCAUUGAUCUCUCAUAUAACUACUUAUCGGGCUCAAUUCCAUUGAACAUUGUGGGAUGCUUUCAACUACUUGCUUUGAUACUUAACAACAAUAAUCUUUCUGGUGAGAUUCAACCUGAGCUUGAUGCAUUGGAUAGUCUAAAGAUAUUAGACAUUAGCAACAACAUGAUUUCUGGUGAAGUCCCACUGACUUUGGCAGGAUGUAAAUCGUUGGAGAUUGUUGAUUUCAGCUCCAACAAUCUCUCGGGAAAUUUGAACGAUGCAAUAACAAAAUGGUCGAACCUGCGAUAUCUCUCACUCGCUCGCAACAAAUUCAUAGGUAACCUUCCCAGUUGGUUGUUUGCAUUUGAAGUAAUUCAGCUGAUGGACUUCUCAAGCAACAAAUUCUCUGGCCCCAUACCCGACGUUAACUUCAACAUUAGCUCAAAUUUUAACAGUGGCGACACUAGUAGGCCAUCAAACGAAGCAUUUGCAACAAAGGAAGUUGUGAAUUUCAAAGUUUCUACAGUUGUCGAUGUUGGCAGCGAAUUACAAUUCAACUAUGAUCUGUCUUCGGCUGUUGGAAUCGACUUGUCGAAUAACUUACUACAUGGGUCGAUCCCAGAAGGUUUAUAUUCACUAGAGGGUCUACAAUACUUGAAUUUAUCAUAUAACUCCCUUGAAGGACAGGUUCCUGGGCUAGAGAAAAUGCAGAGUAUAAGAGCCUUAGAUUUGUCCCACAAUUAUCUGUCUGGUGAGAUCCCAGGAAAUAUAUCCAUCCUUGAGGAUCUAACUCUUCUCGAUCUGUCCUAUAACUGCUUCUCGGGUUUGGUUUCGGAGAAGCAAGGAUUCGGGCGGUUUCCGGGUGCAUUUGCUGGGAAUCCAGACCUGUGUGUGGAGUCUUCGGGUGAAGGGUGUCGCUCAAGCGGUAUUCCAACAGUUCCGGGGAAGAUAUCAGAUGGCGAAACAGAGGGGCCGAUAUCGGUUUGGAUUUUCUGUUUAAGUGCCUUUGUAAGUUUCUACUUUGGUACUGUUUCCCUCCUGUGUUCUGCUAGAGCAAGAAACUACUUUCUUCACACAAAAGCUUGAUGCAGUGUAGGAAUGAGUUUUGCAGUAUUGCUUUCUUGUAUAUUCCUUUUUUCUCUCGAGGCCUUUUUUCCCUCCCUCUUUUUAAUAGAAGGACGAGAAAUCUUCCAAUGAGAUAAUAACUCGGAUCUUUGUAAUCUUUUCUUGGACAUAUUUUAGAGUUUAGGAUCAAAACUUUUGUUCCAUAGGUUUUUUAGAUUUAGAUUUGAUUUUCCAUUGGCGUCUAGAUUUUAAAAUAUUAUAAUCUUAUUCAUCUAACUUUUUUGAGUCUGUUUCAUUUUAGUUGGUAGAUUCCAAUAUGAUAUAAUUUGAGGAUCGAUGUUUUGAGUUUUGCUUCAA